AUGAUACUAGACGAUGAUGUUCAAAAGCAUUUGACCAAUUUCAGUGGACAAUUUAAACAAUCUAACCCAGCUCCGUUUAAUAAUGACAAUACUUCUUACACAUGUAAGUAUUGCGACACCGUAUUUUCAAGAGCUGUGACUUUGAAAAGGCAUUUGGAGGAACACGAAAAAUCAUCAAGCCGAGUAUAUGGUACUCAAGUUUAA